AUGAGAUUGGUUAGAAUAUUCCCUUUACCCCAUUUACAAUUACUUAGAAUCACCAUACCAAGAAGUAACGUUAACAGUUAUAAAAAAUUAUUAUUGAUUCAAAAUAAGAUAUCCCACUAUUCUACAGAAACUAUAGAUACCAAUUUUACAAAUUCAAAAGAUAUAGACUCCAUUAACUCUAGUGUAAAAGAGUUUUCUAAAUCCUCACAAUUAUUAGAAUACAAGAAUUAUUAUCAAAACUUACAACAAACUCUUCGAGAUAUGCCGGAAGAUGUUUGUAAUCAGUCAUCCGCAUUGGUUACAUUACACAGCAGAUUGAAUUUACCAAAAGAGUUUUCUACUUCUUUACUUUCAAGAUGUUUAACAUGUCGAUCCUCUAAUAUUCCAUCUAUUUUACCUUCAACGGACACCAAAUUAAAUGAAACAUACUAUUCAAAACAACAAAGAGACAAUUACGGAUUAAAUAUUUUUGGUAAGAAUCUACUUACUUUUGAAACCGUUAAAUACUUAUUACAAAAAUACCCACGGUUACCUACCCCUGUGUUAAACGUUGCUAUUAAUGCUUAUAUAUCAGAUGAAGUCCUUGCAUCUAUUGUCAAAUCUUGGGGGGUCGAAACUGAAAAUCUGUCGAUCAUGGAAAGAUUUCUUCGAAAUGAACCAGUUAAUGUCACUUUGGGGAAACUAAGAUAUUUUAAUAAUUUGAAAAAGGUCAGCGACGGCAUUGAAUCUAUUUCAAAAUUAAAUUUCUCAGAGACAGCUGCAUAUGCUUUAGUGAUCAGAAGUAUUAUUGCUACUCUAUGGACAUUCGAUCCAAAAUUAUCCACAAAGUUCAUUAAUGGCCAUAUCUUGCAUGGAAGAAAGCUCGAUAUCACAAGACUAUUUGAAUUUGAACAACCAACAAGAGAAUUAGCUAGGUUAUGUGAAAGAGAAAAGUUGGAAAGGCCAGUCUCAAGAUUGUUGGCGGAAUCUGGUAGAUUAUCAAGGAGUCCUGUCUUUAUCGUUGGUGUUUUUAGCGGAGAAGAAAAAAUUGGUGAAGGUUUUGGUGCGUCAUUAAAAGAAGCUAAGGCUAAGGCUGCUAGUGAUGCUUUAAUGAAAUGGUAUUGUUAUCAACCGACAAAUGAUCCAUCUCAAAGUGUUGUUAUUGACCCUGGUACUAUCAUUGUUUAG